CCCGGCGUUCUCGGUGUCCGGACAGGGCUGCCACCGCGGCGGUGCCCGUGUUCACGGCGGGGCGGGACUGUUUGGGUCUGAGGUCUCUUCCCACGGCAGCCAUCCCCCCCCUGCUCCUCCGCCAGCGCCCGCCCCGGGUCGGGUCGGGAGGCGCGGCCGGAAGCGGGCGGAGCGCGCGCCGACGUGGCGAGAGCCGCACUGGCACCGGGACCAUGCGGGGCGGCGGCGCGGACACCCGGCCUGGACAUCGCAGACAGCAGAAGGACAAGCGGUCACCAGGAAGCAAAAACUGAUGUUUUCCAGGUCUAAGCAACUGAAGGAGGUAGAAACUACGGCACUGGGACUGAACAGUAGCUAUGAUGAGACAGUCAGCAAUGUUUCUUCUUCGUCACUGAAGAGCCGAGAGAAUGGAAGCGCAGUGUCCAGAAGCAAGCGGACCAUUCGCAGGCCUGCUUACUGGUUGGAAAUGAGAGGAAUAAAAAACAGCAUUAACAAGUCUUCCGAAAAAAAAGGAGAAGCACUAUCGAAAGGCAAGAGAAAAUCUGAACAAGCAGAAGGUGAAGAUCUCAAAGACUCUCCCAAGAAGAAGCAGAAGAUUUCGGGGAAAAAACAGCAAGUUGGAACACAACAAAACUCGAAGACAAAAGGCCACUCUGUUCAGAAAGAACCGGAGACUUAUGGCCCAGGUAGCGUGGAAGAACAAUGGUCUUUGGAAAUUCAAGAGAAGGGCCGAGUUACCUGCCCCACGUGCCGGGCUGUGGCGAGGAAGACUGUAGAAGGACUGAAGAAGCACAUGUUAAAUUGCAGGCAGGAGAUGUUCACGUGCCAUCACUGUGGAAAGCAGCUGAAGUCUUUAGGAGGGAUGAAAUACCACGUCAUGGCAGACCAUAACAACCAGCCGGUUAUGAAGGAGGGAGGAGAACUGGAUGAGCAGCUUGAACGUGACCGUCUUCGCAAGGUUUUGAAGCGUAUGGGAAAACUAAAGUGUUCAAGGGAGGGCUGCACGGGCAGCUUCACUAGCAUAAUGGGAUACCUGUAUCACAUUAAAAAAUGUGGGAAGGCUGCUUCUGAGCUGGAGAAAAUGGCUAUGAAGUGCCAUCACUGUGGAAAAGCGUACAAGUCAAAGGCAGGACUUGUCUACCAUCUCCGAUCGAAGCACAGGCCGGUCACUUUCCUCCAUGAGGAGAGAAGAACAGAGAGCCUGAAGGAAAUAAAACGGGAGCCAAACACCACAGGCAGAGUCCAGAGGAGAUCUGCAAAAGUGGCAAUCUACUAUCUCCAUGAGCUAGCUGGAGAAGAGCUGGCCAAGGAGUGGCCCAAGAGGAAAGUUCUGCAGGACUUGAUUCCAGAUGACCGGAAGCUGAAAUACACUCGUCCUGGACUGCCCACGUUUAGUCAAGAUGUGCUGUGCAAAUGGAAAACGGAGAUAAAAAUGUACCGGAGAGUCCACUGCCCAAAUCAGGGUUGUGAAUCAGUGUACGGCAGCGUCUCGGGACUCAAGUCUCACCUCGGCACAUGUACCUUGGGAGACUUUGUGGCUGGUAAAUACAAGUGUCUCCUGUGUGAGAAGGAGUUCAUUUCGGAGAGUGGAGUCAAGUAUCACAUCAACUCUGUGCACGCUGAGGACUGGUUUGAUGUGAACACAACUACCACAAAAAGCUUUGAGAAGCUGAUGAAAAUCCGCCAAAGGGAAGAGCAGAGGAAGCAACGGAAGAAACGUCCUUUGACCCGGGGCAAAAAGAAGAGAACCGGGACCCUGUCUGCCAAGAAGCUUUCUGCUUCUGGAGUUGAAAAAAUGAGGAGGAGUAAGAGAAGUUGUCCACAGCGGGUGGACAAUGAGAGUGUGAGCAGUGAGGAAGGGGAGCUCCAAGUUGCGCAGAGAGCUGAAUUUCCUAAAACCAGCCGCAAGCGAGGCCGGAAGUAAAUCCCAGGAAGAGGAGUAAUCCUAAAGCUUUUCAGUUACAAGACCCACUUCUGCCAGGGUCACAGCCCGUAACACUACUAUAAGUGACUGAAUGUCUUUGGGACUGUGACUGCAUUCUCCUCGGUAACCUUGAUUUUGGAACUGUUGCCUCUGGUCAGUUGUGAGAGAGGUCAAACCAAAGCUGUGGGACAGAGGCUGCCUCUCCUGACGUUCUUCCCUUGGACAGUGGCACUAGCAGCGUACCCAGCAUCAUUCCUGCCCUGGUUACAGUCUGGGUUUGGGUCACAUUAGUUGCUUGUUUAGUGGUUUCCAGUACAGCAGCUGUUUUGUCAUAUUCCUCUGAAGUGUGAGAUCAGGGUUCUUUUUUAGCAGUUCUCCCUAUAAGGGGCUGACAGGCACAGGGUUUAAUCCUCCUUAAGGGGGGAAUCCUUUCUUGCACAGUCUGCACAGAAACAAGCCUGUCCUGUAGAUGUCCUGUUGUCAGCAACGCUGCCACGGAAGAGCUUGUGCUCCAGUCUGGUACACAAGGCACUGUCUCAAUGUUGCUCACCACCAGACAGUAGCACACGCGCCUUGGUCUGCUUUGCAGUGAUGGGACAUCAUUAUUGCCCUCGUCAGGAACCCAGUAUUUCCCCAGCAUCUGUCUUUCUGUCGCAGUGGGCAUUGAAUGUACGUGGAGAGUCUUCCAAGGCCAAUGAGGAAUAAACACUCUCCAGCCUUUUGGAGAUGUGCUGGCCCUUCUGAGACCCCAAUAACUAAUGUAAUAAGAUGCCUUUGCGGGCCCUCUGAAGACUGCUUGUUCCGGACUCGCCUGCAAAAUGAACUUGCUGGAAGGCCACAUGUAUCUCCAAUAGCACUCUUGCUGAUGCUGAAGCCCGGAUUCCACUCAACCGCCUUGCCGGUGGUGUUCUUUGUCGUGCCUGUGCUCCCAUAAGGUCCUUUUUUUCUGCACUGUAGACACUGCCUUCCUUGUCUGACAUCACCUGCUCCCUAUUUGUGAAUGAGGCAUAUUAGCUGUGGCUUCCCUGUGUGGAAAAGGUUAAAAGAAGAGGGUUCAUUGUUUUAAUUCAUGUGUUGGCAUGAACUCUGGAUCACAGGGAACAUCUUCCUGUGCUCUGUAAAUGCAGCAGAUGUCGCAGAAGCCAGUAGGAAGCAGCAGCACUGGCAGCCCGACCAGGAAUUGCAAAAUUUGACCUUUUCCGUGCAGUUUUGCAGGCAAGCAAAUAGGCAGCUGGCUCUGUGUCACCUCCUCGUGAAUUCUCACUGUCCACCGAAGCUGCUGGUGCUCAGUUUGCAGGGAAGCCAUUGCAGCACCUGGUGAUCAGGCAGGUCAUUGCGUGUUAUUAUUGGAAUAAUCCCCCCAGCGCUGGCAGCAGGAAGUGCUGCAGGGCUAGGGUGCUCUUGAGACGGGCCUCUCCCAUGUUGUAAGCAAAGCAGACCCAGAUGAGUACGGUCUGUCUGGUGUGGGGAUCAACACCUGAAUGGUGUGAGGCAGCCUGCAGCCUACGCUGCCGUUUAGAACCCUCCGUCCCCAUGGCUGCAGUGCUGCGCUGGAAGCAUAAAUACAGGGACUUCUGUGCAGGGUGCAUGAGGUUUGCAGGAAGAAGGACAACAAGAUCGGAAGACAAUAAAAUAAAAUGUCACAUGUGCGAGAACGUGGUUUCUGGUCUGUUUGGUGUCUGGUGUUCUUGACGCCGUCCCCACUCCUACAGCACAAUCCAGCUCCCUUGUCCUGCACUGUCUGGUGCUCCUUGGUUGUCUGUACCAUUUCUCCUCCGUGUCCACUCUACACUGCUGUGCUUUGACCACAUGUUUACUGCCUUCCCACCCAGUAGAUGGACAGUGCGAUAAACCCAUGAAUUA